AUGGACGAGAAGACUGAUAAAGAGAAUCCCCUCGACCCUGUGCUCGUCGAGUCCCUGUCGGUGAGAAAGGGAGCCAUCCGCAGGCAGAGAUUGUCCUGGUACUAUGCCCCCUCCUUCCUGCUCCUCUGGCUGGCCCUCUUCUACGCCAUCGUCAUGCCGCUUUACUACAGACUUCCGGACCGGUUGACCAUAUCAAAUGAAUCGCUUCAUCCAGGAGAAUUCGUGGCGGAACGGGCACAGAGUCAGCUAUUCACGUACGAUAGGAUUGGACCCAAGGUGACGGGUAGCUAUGCGAAUGAGGUGACCACGGUGGAGUUCCUCGUGAACGAGGUGGAAAAGGUCCGUGCCGAGAUGCGCAGUGACCUCUACGAGCUCGAGGUGGAUGUCCAGUCACCAACGGGUGGCUACGUCUUCAUCGAUAUGGUAAACAUGUACCAGGGCAUUCACAAUGUGAUCGUCAAACUGACUUCGAAGAGUUCCCCGAGUGAAUCCUACCUGUUGCUCAACAGCCAUUUUGACUCCAAGCCAGGCAGUCCAGGUUCCGGUGAUGACGGCACUAUGGUGGUGGUCAUGCUGGAGGUCCUUCGCCAAAUGGCGAUAUCGGCCACGCCUUUCGAACACCCCAUUGUCUUCCUGUUCAACGGGGCGGAGGAAAAUCCGCUUCAGGGCUCCCAUGGCUUCAUUACGCAACACAAAUGGGCCGGAAAUUGCAAGGCCUUUAUCAACCUCGAAGUGGGCGGAAGCGGGGGACGUGACUUGUUGUUCCAGAGCGGUCCCGAUAAUCCUUGGCUCAUGAAGUAUUAUAGACUGCACGCGAAGCACCCGUUCGCGACCACCAUGGCGGAGGAGAUUUUCCAGAGUGGCAUUUUGCCCUCUGACUCAGACUUUAGAAUUUUCCGGGAUUUUGGGAACAUAGCUGGUCUGGACAUGGCUCAGGUGGACAACGGAUAUGUGUACCACACAGCCUUUGAUACCUUUGAGAACGUGCCUGGACAGUCCAUUCAGAACUCUGGUAACAAUGUCCUCGCCCUGGUGCGUGCCUACAGUAAUGCCAGUGAGUUGUACAACACAGAGACUGACGAGGGCCACGCAGUCUUCUUCGACUUCCUGGGCCUGUUCCUUGUGUACUACUCGGAGACCACUGGCAUUGUCCUGAACUGCCUGAUUGGAGUGAUAAGUCUGGUUUUGGUUGGUUGCUCCCUCUGGCGGAUGUCUCGCCAGUCGGAUGAGGUGACUCUGCCCCAGAUUUCGAUCUGGUUCCUCAGUAUUUUGGGUCUGCACGUGGUGGGAUUCUUGCUCUGCAUUUGCCUGCCUCUGCUGAUGGCGGUUCUCUUCGAUGCUGGGGGUAGGUCACUGACUUACUUCUCCAACAUUUGGCUGGUUUUUGGCCUAUUCGUAUUUCCCGCUGUGAUUGGUCUAGUACUCCCGCUCACUCUUUACUACACCCUAAAGCCGAAUGUCAAGCUAAGCCACGCCUACCACCUCCAGCUGAGUCUGCACGCCCACUGCGUGGUCCAGGCUCUUCUGGCCCUCAUUCUGACCGCCAUGGGUCUGCGUUCCCAGUACCUGUGCCUCAUUUCCCUAAUCUUCUACGGAGGUGCACUUUUGAUUAACCUGGCGAGCACGCUGCACGAUCGUGGCUACUAUUGGGCCCUGAUUGUGAUGUGCCUUCAAGUGCUGGCGUUUUCGUACUUCUGUUACCUGUUCUACAUGUUCCUGGUCAUAUUCAUUCCGGUUCUGGGAAGGAAUGGUUAUAGUACAAAUCCUGAUCUUAUCGUAGCCUUACUUUGUGGGGUUUGCGUCUUCUUUGCUCUGGGCUAUGCGGCACAACUUAUCAACAUGUUCCGCUGGCCAAAGCUUAUUCUUCUGGGCCUGGGAGUAGCCACCUUUAUUUUCUGCAUGAUCGCUGUCUCGGAUGUGGGCUUCCCCUACAAGCCCAAGACAAAUGUGAUGCGAGCCAACUGCUUGCAUACUCGUCGUUAUUUCUACGAAUACGAUGGCUCGGUCAGUCGCAGCGAUUCUGGUUACUACUUUAACUAUCAGGAUAGGCGAGCCUUUGAUCCUCUCCAGGGCUCUGCACUAAAUCUGACCGGACUAGAGUCAGUCUCGGACAACUGCGACGAUUACGUGAUGUGUGGCAUUCCGUGCUUCUACUACAGCUGGUGCAAGUGGCGCCAGUGGGAUGGAUGGCUGCCUCGCGACUCGGAGGUGAUCAUACCCGGAGAACUUACCCUCGAAUAUCUGGGGAAGACGGUUUUGGAGUCCGGAACAGUGGCGCGAUUGCAGUUCGAGCUGUCUGGACCGCCGCACAUGAAUUUGUUCAUCCAGCCGGUGGGUUCCGCCAAGGUUGAGAACUGGUCAUUUGUGAGGAAAAUGUUGGACGAACCGGAAGAGUUCCAGCCGCCGUAUCAGAUCUUCCACUCCUACGGAACAGACAAUACCUCGCUGAAGUUCUUCAUUGACAUGGAGAAGUCUGAUGGCGAUUUCAAUAAUCCUACUCUGGAACUCGCGGCUGUGGGACACUGGGUCAGCUACGAGUUCGAAAGAGAUGCAGAGGCUAGAGAUUUUGUGGCCAGCUUUCCCAACUUUGUCCACGUUAUGGAAUGGCCUUCUAUAUUUAAGCGAUAUAUUUUUUAGGUAUUUAAUGGCUAUAGGAAUGCCAUUAUUGCAGAGUGGAUUCCCUCCAUUAGCUGCCCUCAUGAAUCCCAUUAACGAACUAAACUUUCCGAUUUUUCGGUUUAAUUUUUCCGAUUAUAUCCAUAAGCUGCCCUUAUGAAUCCCAUUAACAAACUAAACCUUUUGAAUCCCAUUACCAAGCUAACCGUUCCGAUUUUUCGGCUUAGUAUUUCUGAUAAGAAAAUGUUUUUUAAUAUCAACGAUUUUUCAGCGAAGUUUGAGAAAAAUUAAUACAAUAAUAUACCUAUGAACAUUUUA